AUGAACGCAUCUAUAUUUCUACCACGGAUAUUUAAUAAUUCUAGUCCUGGUUCAAAUCCUCCUCCAGGACGUCCACCUCCAGCACCUCCAGCACCACCUAUUACAGCUAUUCAAAGCAAUAUAGCACUUUUUGGAUAUGCUCUUCUAUUUAUUCUCGGUUCAUUUGGUCAUACAAAUAGUUUUCUAAUUUUUCUUCGACCAAUGCUGCGUCGUAUUUCAACAAGUUGUUUAUUCAUUGCAUUGACUAUUUCCGAUUCUGUUUAUCUUUUGGUAAGCAUUUAUGAUUUUAUCAAUGUAGGUCUACAAAUUCGUGAUACAUCAUUGAGUCCUUCAGCUAUGUGUCGAUUUCGUAAUUAUAUUCAAUGGAUAGCAAUGUGUUGUAAUGCAUGGUUAUUAGUUACUAUUUCUAUUGAUCGAUGGAUUCGUAUUAGGUUUCCAUAUAAAUCAAAACAAUACUGUACAAUAAGGAAUGCAUUCAUAGCAACAAUAAUAAUUGUUAUUUUUUUUGCUGGUUUUAAUGCUCAUGUUCUUGAACUUGAUUAUGUUCAAUUACCAGCUGGUGUUAUGACAGUAUGUGGACCAAAACCAAGUAAUUCUGUUUAUAAUACAUUUGUUCGUCAAAUUUGGCCAACAUUAUUUUCAUGUAUUCAAACACUUCUUCCGGCUAUUUUAAUGAUUAUUUUUUCGGUUGAUACAUUUCGUCGUUUAGCUCGACAAACAACAAAUCAAAAUACAAGUCGUGCACGUCGUCGAGUUCAACUUGAUAAUCAAAUGUUAUUAAUUAUGUUAGCGACAAUUGCAUUAUUUGUAGCUACAACAUUACCAUUAGGUUUAUUUAAUAUAUUAUUAACACCUGUUCUUCGUGGACCAAUGAAUCAAACACAAUUAUUACAAUUAUCAUCUAUAGUUGUAUUUAUAGCUGCAAUUAAUCAUACUCUAGAUUUUUAUAUACAUUGUUUAACAAGUCGUUUAUUUCGACAAGAACUUUUUGAAAUUUUUAAAUGUCACCGUGACAAUAGACAAAUAGGAAUAACAACAGAUACAUUACAAAUGUAUCCUACAAGAAUCACAAUGACACAAGUUAAAACACGAUGA